AUGAAUAUCAUGCAUUGGUUGCAAAUGGUGAAAAGAGGUACGGUAGCUAUGUACGACUACGGUACGAAAGAGAACAAGAAGAAGUAUGGACAGAACCCUAUUUAUGUCUACAGCGGCGACGAGGAUUGGCUUGCUGACCCACAGGACAUUUCUGGCUACUUGAUGCCAAGGAUCUCGCACACAGUCGUCCAAAACACGGAGCUUCAUGAUUACAACCACUUGGACUUCAUAUGGGGCCUUCGAGCGGCUGCCGAUAUUUACGUUCCCAUCAUAGAAUAUUAUCAAGAAGGACCUCAGUUGAUAUCGAUAAUAAAGUUUUCCUUUGCUCUGUGUACAGCUCAGAGGCUCGAGUGUUGCAGUUGCUGCCUAAAUAUUACGGAAUGCAACAGACUUGGAAAGAAGAAAAUCUGA